AUGCUUCGUGUCUGGAGACCUUCUGGGCAAGAGCUCGCCGCCGUGUCUGUGGAGGAGAUCAAGGAUUCAGUGGCUUUGAAGGAGCAUUUGCGCGACCAGCAUGGCUUUCCCGUGUCUUUGCAGCAACUUCUGCAUGACGGGAAUGUCUUGGACGAUGGUGCAAAACUGGCUGCAUCCGCGGAUCUGCAGUUGGUGUUGAUCUCUGAUCUUUCGGAAAGCAAGAACGCUGCACGCUUGGCUGCGGCAGAGCUGGCAGACAAU